GUUAAUAGACAUUUCAGGUUACAGAGUGCGUUUGCAUUUACCAACUGUCCAGGAGCGAAGACAUGUUAUGGAAAUUAAAUGCCUUCCUCAGUCUGUUGUAAGAUGACCUGUGUUAAUUUGACUCUUCAGACUCCCGACUGCUCUUGAACACAUCACCACGGGUACAGUACUACUUUAACAAGAAUAAUAGUUGGUUCAUCACGGAAGUAAAUCAUGACCAUAUCCGUCGGUUGCAGUCAGACGAGGCUCAGCCCCAGGUCAUUAAAACAUCAGGAGUUGUGCUGUGAGAAAUGUAACAGGACACGUAGCGGGUGUGUGUGUGAGAGAGAGAGAGAGAGAGCGCCUAGUUUGUGGCCGUGUUUUGUUAAAGUGAGGUGUCCAGAGGAAGGCUUACCCGUUGCCGCUGUGAUGACUGUCUCUCUGCAGGCUGCUUCUCCCAGAGACAAACUGAAACCAUGGUCCGAUUUCUCUGCAGGCAUCAUUAGGACUUGGUACAACGGUUCCUUCCACAGAAUAACGACAUUAUUACCAUUCAGUUUUCUAUUCUGACGUGCUGAAUUAAAUGGUUUUAUUUGACUGUUUGGUGUUGACUGUCUCAGACUCUGCUCUCAGCACAUCUUCUGAUGCUUUUCCUCCUGUUUUCUGCUUUUGCAGACCUGUUCAUUUAUUAAACAUCAAUAUUUAGGAUCAUCCAGCAGCUUAUUGGUUAAUAUUUAAACCGUUGUUUAAUAAGUAUUAAUACUUGUUUCUCUCCCUGGUUAAAGAGUGAGACCAGGAGGGUUCACAGGUGGUUGUUGGGGGGUCUGGGCGCAAACUCACAGGGUUAGUGUAACAUUUCAGCUACACAGAACAAGUGCAUGUUUUUGUAAUGUGGCUACAUGGAUCAUUAACCUGAUCUGAAAGUGGUUUUAAAACAGCUCGGGCUCCGUUUCCACCUCGUUUAUCAGUGUUGCGUCUGCACUGGGAUGGAAUUGGUAUAAACUGCAGACUUGGUAACGGGGCAGACGUCACGGUCAUAACCAAGCAUAGCACCACGUCACUGGUGGGCGGAGCCACUUGAGACACCUGUGGAAAUCACGGGUUGGAAAAAAUAUGAAGCUGUCACCAGUGACCAUGAGCAGCAGGAGAGAGGUUAUAUAGUUGUGGGAAAAUUUAAAUAAGAAACUAAAAGGUGACAUUUGGCCCAUGAAACUGCAGGCUUGUGUUUCUGAAAUGAUUCUUUGACUCUUUGUUUUCACCUCAUGUAGGACAAACUAUUUUACAUUCGGCGAUGCUGGAAUCGAGUUUGAUAUAUGUUGUUAGCAAACACGUUAGUAUUAUUAGCAUUUAGCUUUGCUGGGUAAUGCUAAUGAUGCUAACGAUGGCUUCAUCUUCACAGACGGACGUGUUGAUGCCUUACAACAGGAAGUAGACUAAAUGUCGGCCAGACUUUUAUUUUGAAUGUUUUUCAUGAUUAUAUCAGAGCCUUGUUCUCUGUAACUCCUGUCAGUGAAAACAAGUUUGUGAAAGUAUUAAAGAUGGAUGCUAUUACUGAGAAGUCCUGGGUUUUACAUGUGGACAUGUCUGUGCUGCGGAUCUUUUCAGGAGCAGGACUGCAGCUUGCCCAGCAGAUGGCGCUGUGCUCUUACUAUGUAUUACAUCAUUUCUGGAACUGAGGAAGUAAUGAGCAGCCAAACACAAUAUACAGACCAGAUAAAUCUGCUCAGUCAACCAAAGGAUCAAACAAAGUGUUAGACCCAUCCUGAGGGAUAAAACCAGGUGCACGCUUCAGAACAUGUCAACUUUCUACACAGAUGUGAUGGCAGAGCUUUACAGGCUCAGUAAAAUGUUCAGAAUGACUGUAGAAUCAGGUCGGAGCCACUGCAAAGGUUUAAUAUACAAGAUGACCUGGGUCCAGAGUUCUGGUUCAGUCUGAAUCAGCAGGAGCCAAAGUGUGUAUGGAUCUGGUGUUAAAGGACUUCCUGCAUUUUAACUAAAGUUGAUAAAUGGUUUAUUCCCACUCUGAGACUAAACAGUUCUUGUAAGACAAGUUGGAGGCAAGCGACCAGGUGUCCUCAGAGCUCCACCUGCAUGUGAGCCUGCUCAGCACUGACUGAGAUGUGCUGUGGGUGGAGAUGUGACCUUAAUGUGAAUUUGUCUGAUCGGUUCAUGUUUGAGUUGUUUCCAGGUUUCUGUGGUACAGCAGCGUCCUCACCAACCUGUACGUUCAUCUUGCUCACCAGGCUGAUGGGCAGAGCUAGUACUGAGGGUGGAGUCAUGACCAGGGGGCAUGUCCAUCAUUCCAGAUUGGUGUGUGUCCAUGAGACGGGGAUCAGUGUUAGUGUGUCAGAGUGUCUCUACCUCUUGUCCAUGGCCUAUCUCAUGGCCGCCUGCUCCUUCCACAACGUCACCAUCACCAACUCCAUCAUCAUGAACACUAAUGGACCCCCGGACCUGAUGCUGGACCCCAGGACAGUGUGCGUUUGUAUGGAAGAGGUGGUCAACAAGCAGCGGACGGGCAGCCGGCAGACGCCACUGCUGCAGGGACACCUGAAGAAGGUGGACAACAACCUGAUAGAGGCCCAGAGGUUCUCCUCGUUACCACGCAGACCGGCGGUCAGCAUCGAGUUCAAAGAUGUCUCCUACUCCGUCAGAGAGGGACCCUGGUGGAGGAAGAAAGGUUACAAGACUCUGCUCAGAGGGAUCUCUGGGAAGUUCACCAGUGGGGACCUGGUGGCCAUCAUGGGGCCCUCUGGAGCUGGGAAGUCCACCCUGAUGAAUAUCCUGGCCGGGUACAGGGAAACCGGGAUGAAGGGGGAGAUCCUGAUCAACAGUCAUCCCAGAGACCUGCGCUCCUUCAGGAAGGUUUCCUGUUACAUCAUGCAGGAUGACAUGCUGCUGCCUCACCUCACUGUACAGGAGGCCAUGAUGGUUUCAGCCAGCCUAAAGCUGCAGGAAAAGGUGGAGACUCGCGGGGAAAUGGUCCAGGAGAUCCUGAUGGCUCUGGGUUUGUUGGACUGUGCUAAAACCAGGACGUCUCACCUGUCGGGGGGCCAGAGGAAGAGACUGGCCAUUGCUCUGGAGCUCGUCAAUAAUCCACCGGUCAUGUUCUUCGAUGAGCCCACCAGUGGUUUGGACAGCUCGUCUUCUUUCCAGGUGGUCUCUCUGCUGAAAGCUCUGGCCCAGGGAGGACGCACCGUCAUCUGCACCAUCCACCAGCCCAGCGCCAAACUGUUCGAGUUCUUCGACAAGCUGUACGUGCUGAGUCAGGGUCAGUGUAUCUACCGAGGCCGAGUCUCCAGUCUGGUUCCCUACCUGAGAGACCUCGGACUCAACUGUCCCACCUACCACAACCCUGCAGACUUUGUGAUGGAGGUGGCGUCUGGAGAGUACGGGGACCAGCUGCUCCGACUGGUUAGGGCUGUUCAGGACAGGAAGUGUGAGAAGAAUUACCGGUCCGAAUUGAACAGAGACACAAACCACCACCCGUUCCUGUGGCAGCGCACGGAGGAGGAGUGUUCGUCAUCUGAGGGUUGCCACAGUUUCUCAGCAAACUCCAUGACUCAGAUCUCCAUCCUGUUGAGGAGAACCUUCCUCAGCAUCCUCAGAGACUCGAUGCUGACUCACCUGAGGAUCUCAUCUCACAUCGGGAUCGGCGUUCUGAUUGGUCUAUUGUACCUGGGCAUCGGGAACGAGGCCAAGAAGGUUCUGAGUAACUCAGGGUUCCUGUUCUUCUCCAUGUUGUUCCUCAUGUUCGCUGCCCUGAUGCCCACAGUGCUCACAUUUCCUCUGGAGAUGGGAGUUUUUCUGAGGGAGCACCUGAACUACUGGUACAGUCUGAAGGCCUACUACCUGGCCAAGACCAUGGCCGACAUCCCCUUCCAAGUAGUAUUUCCGGUGGUAUACUGCAGUAUUGUGUACUGGAUGACGGCUCAGCCUGCAGAUGCCGGGCGGUUCUUCCUCUUCCUGUCUCUGGGGAUCCUGACCUCGCUGGUGGCUCAGAGUCUGGGUCUGCUGAUCGGAGCCGCCUCCAACUCGCUGCAGGUGGCGACAUUCGUUGGCCCGGUCACAGCGAUCCCAGUUCUGCUGUUCUCUGGGUUCUUUGUCAGUUUUGACACCAUCCCCUGGUACCUGCAGUGGAUGUCCUACAUCUCCUAUGUCAGAUAUGGUUUUGAGGGCACCAUCCUGUCCAUCUACGGUCUGGAUCGAGAUGAUCUUCACUGCGAUGAAGACCACACGUGUCACUUCCAGAAGUCUGAGGCCAUCCUGAAGGAGCUGGACAUGCUGGAUGCCAAGCUCUACCUGGACUUCAUCAUCCUCGCCAUCUUCUUUUUCUCUCUGAGGCUCAUCGCGUACUUUGUCCUGCGGUACAAGAUCAGUGCUGAGAGGUAGACCAGGACCAGGAGGAGCUGAGGAGGUGAUCAUCCAGGUUUAGGCCAAAAACCUUGAGGCCAAAGUCUGUGUGUAUCCAUGUCCUUUGUCUACUUUGGCUCACUGUCACAUAUUCAGAGCCUUGAUGAACACAAGAAUGUCUCCUGGCAAGGACAUGGCUGACCCCCGGAUCAUUCGCCUGCUGUUAUCACUAUGGCACUUGUACACCUUUUAAUUCAACUUUCAGGCACAGUGGUCUCAAUAAGAAAACUGCUCAGGUACUCUUAUUUCUGCUCUGGGUUGUGAGGAGGCUGCCUGGAGGAGCUAUAACCGAGGAUAUAUGAGCGCAUCCUUCACGGAAGUCUGUUAUGGACUGACACGCCCCUUUACUAGAAAUCACUUUGUGAGUGGACGCUUCACAUGAAGGCUUGAAGGAUUGUAGGUGCGUCUGUGUAUGUUUGAGUAGAUUGUAAACCUGUUAAACUAAAUUUCCCUCAUGGGAUUAAUAAAGUUGUCUGAACUGAACUGAACUGAAAGGACGUCUCAUGUCAGUUAAAACGUGUUGCCUCAGCUCCUCUCACCACACAGUUUUUCAUUACAAGGAUUUGCCUCUUGUGUCUGCACAUGGAAGACUUUAAUAGCCAAGAGGCCCCAGGUGAGGUAGAUCAGCUGGUGACCCCCACCUACCCACACACCAGCCAGUCCUGUGGGGCUGGCCAGGUUGACCUCCAAAACUGUGGGAGGGAUGUCACACUGUUGAUCUCUGGUUUUGGGAUUGACUGUUGGUUUCUGCACAUCAGUGGUUCAGAUCAUGUCUCUCUGAUAGAGGUCAGGCCGCUGUUGCAGAUGGUCUCAGAUGGGUGGUAACGGUUCAAGGAACACAGCAUGUCAGUGAGUGUCCUCACAACUGUAGAGAGACCAACGUGUGUGAGUGCGAUGGUUGUUUGGGAGACUUCUCUCAUUGUCAUCUUGUCUAUAUGUAAUUUGUUCUCGGGUCUUUUUUUGCAAAGAAGGUCUUGAGCUCACUGAUUUCCCAAUUUAAUAAAUCUUAACCAAGUAAAAAAAGACAAAGAAGAGGUGAACAAAGAUGAGGCAGGCCUGAAGAUGAAGACACGGUCUGGCUGUCUUUAAAGGACCGAGUGUGGCCAUUCGGGUCCUGCAGGAGCUGGUCUCCUGGUUCUUGAAGGUGUCACUGUGCCACAACCUGAAGGAUCACAACAAACUUUCUGAGCUGGAGAGUGCAGCCCUCUCCGGUCAGUGGACAGGCUCAGUUUAGAAGUCCUUACAAUCUGACUUUGGACACUCAUGAUUCCAUCUUAAAGGCCUGGAAACCAACAGUGUAUGUCAAACUGUUUAUGAAAGGACGUAUCAUUACUUGAAUAAAGAUUUUCUUUACUCCUACUUUUGCAAGCAAUUUAUCAGCUCUGAGGAGAAACAUCUGCCUAGACUUGGGUGUGACCAGCCUGAAGGUCACUGACUGCCAAUAUGCUAAUAUUUAGCAUGAGCUAACAUGAGCUCAGCAGCAGUAAACACAGCGUCCAGCUGAGGCUGUUGG